AACCUCCUGACGCGUCAGCCCCAGCUCCUGACAGCAACGCUGUACCCGGUAGUAUCAGCUCCAGAGUGCAGCAACAGGCCACUAUUUGUCACCCUUGAUUUCAGCACACGUGUCAGUCUCGGCAUGUGUGUCUGACACCAUCCACGCACUAAGGCACUCAGACUUCCCCCUAGACCUCGUGUAUCGCUCUUCGGUCUUGCUUCUUACCCAAGUCUCUAACCUCGGAAUCCACCUCAUCCUCUUUCUUCUCGAAGCGCCGGUUGCGACGUACUGCGCGACGCCGCCAGUCCUAUUCUGUCGCCAAGAACACUGCUCUCGCUCGGAACGUCCCGUCGCUGCGCUCGCUGCAUUCCCUACUUCUGGCCGUCCUAGUUCCUCGGUAACCGUACUCGGUUUCGAAUUCGUUCCAGUUCCCGUCUAUGGGCUCAGAACCUGGUCGAAUUGCCUCUUCUUGAUUCGAUCUUCACAUUCCUACCGCUCACCGCACUCACUACUACCACCUACCCCCAACUUGUCGUAGACUAGUCGUCCCCCCUGCUUUUCCAGCCGUCUUCGUGUAGGAGAAGUGCUCCUUCGAGUUGUCUCAAAAGCAGUAAUCCCAGUCGUCCCUUCUGUAGGCGAAUUGCUCCGUUGGGAAUAACUGAUACAUCGCCUGGUACCAGUUGCCUUCUUGUUCUGGUUACUUUCUCGUUGCUUUUCGCCAUCAUGGCGACAGCCUUCGCCGCGUCUUUCGCGACGGUCCCCGCGUCCGUCCAUUUUCUGACGCAGCAUAAACUCGGUUCCAGAUUUAGCUCGUCUCAACUAGCGCCUAUCCUGAGGCGACACGUGGACUACGACAGCGCUGCACGCGUCAGCAGACGGUCCGGCGGUGCGCUGGUGUGCACAGCGCUGUCGAAGCGCCAUCACCACUAUAAGAAGCAGCGGGAGGGAGUGGACGGGGCCCCGCGUUUGGCGGCGGAAAGUGCGGGGGUGGGAGAAGAAGGGAGGCCAGAUGAAGCGCUGGCGUCUGGCGGCGCGGUGGGGACGGCGAGAGCAGCAAGAGUUGUAACUCAGACGACGAAACUCGUCAACCUGACGGUGCAUGGUGUGACCGAUGAAUCGGAUUUACCAUGGCUGGAGGAUCAGCUGCUACAGCUGCAGGGGGUCACGUCCGUCCAAACCCUGCCGCCCACCCUGCGCACGGGCGGGCUGAGAGGGGGUCGGGUGGGGGUGGUGGUGGAGACGGAGAGGAGGGUGGCAGUGCGGGAGCUGGUGACUGCCGUGCAUGGGGUGGAGGAACGGCUAUUGGCACUCCCGUUUAGAUCACACUCGUGGAUGUGGAGGGGUCAUCGCAUCCAUUACGCCGUGGCUGGGUGUGGCAAGCCAGUCAUUCUAGUGCAUGGCUUCGGUGGCAGCGCCGGGCACUUCCGCAAUCUCAUAGCGCACCUCGCGGACCACCAUAAGGUCUAUGCAGUGGACCUCCUGGGGUUUGGGGACUCGGACAAGCCGGGCGGCGUGGAGUAUGGGCCGGAGCUCUGGGCUGACAUCAUCAACGAUUUCAUGCUGGAAUUUACGGACGAGCCUGCAGUGCUGAUAGGCAACUCCAUCGGCUCACUCACCUCCCUCACUGCUGCUGCUUCUUCUGGCGCUUCACGCUCGUUGUCGGAUGGGGAGGGGCAGAGCGAAGGGGAGGGGGAGUUGAGUGUUGUGCGGAGAGCAGAGAAGGGCAAGAUCAGGGGUUUGGUCCUUCUCAACGUGGCUGGAGCCAUGAACAGGAAGGGGCUGAUGCGAGAUGAUGCGGUGCUUACGGCGCUAUCGCCCAUGUUUGUGGCGAUCGAGUACCUGCUGCAGAAGCCCAAGGUUGCAUCAUUCCUGUUCGAACGGUUCCGCAGCAAGGCCAAUGUGCGCAAGAUUCUAAGCGAGCAGGUGUACCGCGAUGGCUCACAAGUCUGCGACCGGCUGGUGGACAUUCUGUACGAGCCAUCCACGCAUGAGGGAGCCCUAGACGUCUUUGUCAAGGUCUUCACGGGCGAUCCAGGCCGACAUCCGGAGGAUUUAGUGGAGAUGGUGGAUGUGCCCAUGCUGGUGCUCUGGGGAGACAAAGACCCAUGGACGCCUAUUGAUGGCAAGGUGGCUCAGCUGUUCAAGCGCUUGGAAGAGCGAAGGGGAAAUGACAAAGUGGCAGUGGUACCACUCCCCGAUGUUGGUCAUUGUCCGCAUGACGACAGGCCAGAAAUUGCAGCCUCCCAUAUUUUGCCAUGGCUUGACAAGCUGCAUGCUGAUAGUUCGGAUGCAGCAGGAAAAUGAUUGGCCACACCAUUGGUACAAUUAUUAGAAUGCAAUAGAAGUGCCUUAGGGUUGUAUGAGCAGCAUUUGGUAUGGUGACGCGAGUGUACCUCAACAAAUAAUACAUGUUGUAGUGGGUAAUGGGACAAGGUGGUAUCAAACAUGUGUAUCUCCUAUGUUUGCAUAGACUGUAUAGGGCCACCUCUUAGAGGGUACAACACUUAGGCAUAUUCACCUGUACUCUCACACUAC